AUGCUUCACAAAAUUCUCACAUUUCUGCUCAUUCUUGCCAGCGCAUCCGCCUAUUAUGUGAGUGAAAAUCUCUAUUAAUUUUCUAGAUUCAAUUUUUUCUCCUGAAUUUUCAGUUAUCCUACAUGCCACGUGGCGGUGAAAACGAGGGAUACAGCGCCUAUUAUUACGCAGAUUUGGGACGAUCAAAUUUGCAACCGGAAAAUGCGCCAAUCGAUCCAGGUAUUUUCAAAACUUUUUUCUUGAAAAUAAAAUGGCUAUGUGAAAAUGUUCCAGAUCGAACAAAUUUCUACUAUUCACCAAAUAGUGAAUCAUACAACACGGUUAAUCAUCAAUACACAUUUGGAAAAUAA